AUGAAGAUGGGGAAAAGUAAGGAUAAUGGUAUGAAAUAAAAAAAAAUUAUAGGGAGUAAUUAUAUUGAUAUAAUAAAUAGAAAAGCUAAAAUUUUUCAGAUUGGAUAAUAUGUAAAUAAUAAAAGGAUAGGAUUUUGGAGAUAUUAGGAUUAAAUUAAAAUAUGUAUAGACUAUUUUAUUAUCUAAAUUUGGAAAGUGGAGAAUGAUUUUAUGAUAAUUUGAAGAUUGGUUUGUGGUUAGAUUUAAGUUCUAAUUAUUUUGAGUAAUUAUUUAACAUAAAUUAAUUAGUCAGAAUAAAAGUCACUUAUUUAGGAGAAUAGAAUAAAGAUAAAAAAUCAAGGGUAUGGAAAAUCUAUUAUAAUAAUAGCGUUAUGAAAAAAUUUAUUAUUAACUUAGUAGAGGCGAUUAAUAUGACAGAAUGGGUCUGAAGAUGAUAGAUAAUUGGGUUGAUUUAUUUGAAAAUUUCUAAAAGUAAGUUUUAUGAAAAUUAAUAUUAGAGAGAGUUAAAUCACUUUUAGUGGGUGUAUGUAAAUGGUAAACAAUAGGGAAGAUGGGGUAUUUAUUUUAGAGAUAAGAGUAACAUUCAAUUUAAAUUAAUUUAAUGUUUUUUAUAUAAAUUAUUUUAAGUGGAUGUGGAAUAUAUGA